AUGGCUGCGCUUGGAGAGGUGCUGCCAGGCACCGUGGCAAGGCCUGAGAUCUCCAAGUGGACCGUUCACCCAGCCGCAGUGACACUGGCGCCGGGGGAUGAUGCAGUCAGGCGGCCAGUCGGCGCUUCCAGUUUUACAAACCUGAAAACUGGCUUGGCGAUUGCGGUGCCGCUGGCCGCAGCUGCUGUGCGGAAAAGGCCCCAAGGACGCAAAGCGCGACCCAUGCUGGCCAUGACCAAGACCUCGGUAAGCAACGACACUGUCAAAGGUGCAGCGAAAGUCUGCGCCGAAUGUGGCUACGUUUUCGUGGAGGACGACGCGUUGUUCUGCCCAAAGUGUGGGACACCUCGAACCGGAACUCUGGGGGUGGGUUCCAAGAAGGCCGCACCCAAGGCCGAGGAGCCCAAGAAAGGCUAUUUCCCACCGCAGCCCACACCACUGCUGGACUCUCUUGGAGACGAGGGCACCCAGCGGAUCCGGAGCAUGAGCGUUCCGGAGCUCAAGCAGCUUGCCGACGAAGUUCGGUGGCAGGUGCUGGAUGCCGUCUCGGUCACAGGAGGACAUCUCGGUGCCGGCCUGGGCGUGGUUGAGCUGACGGUAGCCCUUCACCACGUUUUUGACACGCCACGCGACGAAAUCUGCUGGGAUGUCGCACACCAAUGCCAACCUCACAAAGUGUUGACAGGGCGGCGAUCGCGCAUCUACACUCUGCGUCAAGGGGGUGGCCUGUCGGGCUUCGCCAAGAGGAAAGAGUCCAUCUACGAUGCUUUUGGUGCCGGCCAUUCGUCCACAUCCAUCAGUGCCGCGGUCGGCUUUCAAACUGCAAAAGAUCGGCUGGGUAGGUCUGGCCACAGCAUUGCUGUAAUCGGAGAUGGAGCCAUCACCGGUGGCAUGGCUUGGGAGGCCAUGAACCAUGCGGGUGGCAUGGGCUCCAAGAUGGCAGUUGGCUCAAAUGUGAUGAGGCCGACGUUCUACAACAAGGUCAAGCAGCCUGUGGGGGCGCUCUCCGAAACAUUGGCCGGCACGCAAGGCCUGUCCAUUCAGGGCGACAUCGCGAAGUUCGAGACUUCCUCGGCUUUCCAGAACGCGAGACAGUUUGCCAAGAACGCAACGAAGCAGCUUCUCCCAGGGCAGCUUUCUGCUGCCGCCGCGAAGCUUGACGAGUACACACGCGAUUUUGUCAAGACUGUACCCUUCCGCGGAAGUGGUUCGGGAAGUAAGGGAGAGCUUUUUGAACAGCUUGGGUUCUACUAUGUGGGGCCUAUUGACGGGCACGACAUGGACACACUGGUGGAGGUUCUCACGAACAUUCGCAAAGACCACGAAGAUGGCACCUUGCAGAAGCCUGUGUUCCUCCACAUCAAGACGAAAAAGGGCAAUGGUUAUGAGCCAGCCCAGAAGGCCAGCGACAAGCUGCAUGCGGUUCAGCCGAAGUUCAACGUGCCAAAAGGUGCCAGUGAUAAGCCUCCGGCGCCGAAGCCUCCGCCGUUCACGAAGAUUUUCGGGGAUGCUCUGGUGCGGGAGGGCGAGCGCGACGACAAGGUCGUGGCGAUUACAGCCGCGAUGCCCGGCGGGACGGGCAUCGGUAUCUUCGAGAAGAGGUUUGGCCCAGAGCGAACCUUCGAUGUGGGCAUCGCCGAGCAGCAUGCGGUGACCUUUGCGGCCGGGAUGGCAGCAGGUGGCCUGAAGCCGUUCUGUGCCAUCUACUCCACGUUCCUGCAGCGAGGCUAUGACCAGCUGGUUCAUGAUGUGGCGCUUCAGAAACUGCCGGUUCGAUUCAUCUUGGAUCGAGCUGGCCUCGUAGGGGCAGAUGGAGCCACCCACAGUGGCUGCUUCGAUCUUUCCUACAUGGGCUGCAUUCCCGACAUGAUGAUUUGCGCGUCUGCUGAUGAGGCAGAGCUGGUCAACAUGAUCCACACUCUGGCGAAAAUCGAUGAUCAGCCGACAGCACUGCGGUUUCCCCGUGGCAGCUGCUAUGGCGACCUGGUCAUGCCAGCAGAGCCUCGCUUCCUGGAGCCUGGAAGAGGGCGCAUCUGUCGUGAGGGUCGUGAUGGCAAGCUGGCCAUCCUUUCCAUCGGCGGGCGGUUGCGCGAGUGCCUGAAGGCUGCCGAUGAGCUUGAGGAAAAGUACGGCGUGUCUGUGACCGUCGCAGAUGCUCGUUGGAUGAAGCCGCUGGACACGAAUCUCGUCGGCCGUUUGGCCGAGGAUCAUCGUGCCCUAAUCACCAUCGAGGAGAACGCGAUCGGAGGCUUCUCUGCGCAAGUCCAGCAGGCUCUCCUGGAAGGCGGGUACUUGGAUGGCCUGGGUAAGACGCCGGUGGCACUUCGAAGCAUGGUUUUGCCGGACAGGUGGAUUGACCACAACGAUCCCCAGCUUCAGUACGAUGAUGCGAAGCUUAAUGCGCAGCACAUACUCCAGAAGGCCCUGGCGCUUUUAAGCCGCGUGGGUGUCAAGGUGGAUGCAAAGCUUGCAGGCUGA